AUUUAACUUUCAUUUACAGACAUCUCCAAUCAAAGUUUAGAAUAAUCCAUUUCAUUUUUGACUUUUUUCUUGAUUUCCCACCCCAACCCCUACCCCUAUUAGUCCACUCCAAAUCUUCAUAAUUCCCUUUUUAAAUUCUUCAAACCUCAUUCUUCUCCCUCCUCAAUUAGUCCAACACCCUCUUAAUCUCUCCCUCUCUCUCUAAUCACACAUUUCUUAAUAAAAAAAAUCAAGAAACCCCACAAAGUUAACUUGAACAACGACCAAUCCCUCCAAAAAAAAAAAAAAAGCACCAAGAAGAUUCUUAUAAAAAAUAAAGUGCUAAAAUUCCCAUACCUCCUUUUUCUUUUUCAUAUCCCCAUUUUACAUUAUCAACAAUCGAAUCCUUCGUCGGGGACACCAAAAAAAAUUUAAAAAAAAUUCAAAAUCUCAAACCCUAAAAUGAAGAAUUGUUUUUGUUGAUUUUCCUUAGAAAAAAUAAGAGAUUCUUGAUUUGGGUAUUGCUCAAAUAUUUAAGAUUUGCUAAGAAAUAAAUCAAUAAUGUCCCAAAUGAAGCACAUUGACAAUAAUCCAUCAACCCCAGGAAAAUUCAAGAUUGAAAAAUCACCUUAUAAUAGGCUUAUUAGGCUACAAUUUUCUUUAGCCAAGCUUAGUUUUUGGUCACUUGUUUUUGUGGGGUUAAUCUUUGUAUUCUUUUACAGAUCACCAAGUGCAUCCUCUCAUGUGUCUUCAGAUCUUUCAAGAAGAUCUCUUAGAACAAGUUCUUAUGGAGGUCCAGCUUGGGAAAAAAGGAUAAAGGCAUCAGCAAAAAUCAGGUCAAGAAAUGGUAUAUGUGUUUUGGUUACUGGGGCAGCUGGUUUUGUCGGAACACAUGUAUCAGCUGCCCUUAAACGCCGUGGAGACGGCGUUUUAGGAUUGGAUAAUUUUAAUGAUUAUUAUGAUCCCUCACUCAAAAGAGCGAGGCAAGAGCUAUUAGAGCGCUCUGUGGUGUACAUUGUUGAGGGGGAUAUUAAUGAUGUAACCCUUUUAAAGAAACUUUUUGAAAUUGUUGCAUUUACACAUGUUAUGCAUUUGGCUGCACAAGCCGGUGUCCGAUACGCUAUGGAAAAUCCUAGCUCAUAUGUGCAUAGUAAUAUUGCUGGACUUGUUAAUAUGUUUGAGGUUUGUAAGAGUGUUAAUCCUCAACCUUCGAUUGUGUGGGCGUCGUCUAGUUCUGUGUAUGGAUUGAACACUAAGGUACCUUUUUCAGAGAGGGAUAGGACAGACCAACCUGCUAGCUUAUAUGCUGCUACUAAGAAGGCUGGUGAGGAGAUUGCUCAUACUUAUAAUCAUAUUUAUGGGCUUUCGAUAACUGGAUUGAGAUUCUUCACAGUUUAUGGACCGUGGGGGCGGCCAGAUAUGGCUUAUUUCUUUUUCACAAGGGAUAUUUUGAAAGGAAAGUCAAUUCCAAUCUUUGAGGCGGCUAAUCAUGGUACUGUCGCGAGGGAUUUUACGUACAUUGAUGAUAUAGUUAAGGGUUGUUUGGGGGCAUUGGAUACGGCUAAGAAUAGCACCGGAAGUGGUGGGAAGAAGAAAGGUCCUGCUCAAUUGAGGGUGUUCAAUUUGGGCAACACUUCUCCUGUCCCGGUAUCUGAUCUUGUCAGUAUUUUGGAGAAGUUGUUAAAGGUAAAAGCUAAAAGAUUGGUUAUGAAGUUGCCAAGGAAUGGAGAUGUGCAGUUUACUCAUGCAAAUAUAAGCUCGGCUCAGAAGGAGCUCGGAUAUAAGCCUACCACAGAUCUACAGACGGGAUUGAAGAAAUUUGUUCGAUGGUACUUAAGCUACUAUGGUAAUGGAAAGAAAAACGUGCAGUGAUACAUUUCGAUUCAAUCGAGUGGUAGGACAAUUAAUUCUUUUCAUUUUGAUUCUUAUGAUUAUUUUAAUGUAUCUCCGAUUGUUGCCCCCUUGUUUUCUUUUUUUACCUCCAUAUCAUGAUGCCAUAUAAGGGGCACAUCUAAUCCCACGACAGAAUUUGUGGUGGAUGGAUGGUGUUUGCUGGACAAAGUUGAUAUGUAUCAGAUGCAAACUGAAGCCAUUUUUUUUCUUCUUUUUCCACUUUUUAAGUGUAAUUGUUGUAGCUUUAUAAUUGUAGAAUUCACAACAGAUAGAGCUGCUGCUGAUUGAUGGACAGCGAUCAUGUAUCACCUUUAUCAAAUUCUAAUAAAAGUAGCAAGAUAGUUCAAUAUUUGGUUCA